AUGGGUCCCGUAUUUUAUGUCAUCUACGUCGCAUUGUUGUCCACGUACGCGAGCGCGAGCGUAGACACGAAUACGCGGCGGACGAAGGGCAGCCUGGUGGAACAACUGAACGAGGAUAACUGGAAUCUUAUGCUUACUGGAGAGUGGAUGAUUGAGUUUGUAAACAAUGGAAUAUUUAGGCAGUAUAAGAGCCCGAGAGAUAUAUCAUCGUUGAUCGAAUUUGUAUCUGAAAAGACAUGGACGAAAGUGGAUCCGAUAUCUAGUUGGAAAAAUCCAACUUCAUUCCAUAUGUCAUUUUUAAGUCAAUUUUUUAAGUUAUCCCAAAUGUUACGUAAUAUCCACAAUCAACUUUUGGAAGAUGUUGGACUACCUGUGUGGGGUAGUUACUUAAUUUUUGCUGCUGCAACAGUUGUUUUAGGCACAAUAUUAGGACUGCUUGUUGUGUGUUUGAUUGACUUCUUUUUCCCACAAAAACCGGCACAGCAACAAGGCAAGAAGAAACAGACUAGUGCAACAGACAGUCCUAUUCAAGAAAAAAAUUCAGACGAGGAUGAAAUUGCAGAAAACAUUGGGGAUGAUUUAAUAGAUGAAGAAGAAUCUGAAACAGAGGAGCCUGAAACGAAGGAAUCUGAAGCAAAGGAAUCUGAAACAAAAGAAUCUGAGAUGAAUGAAGUAGAAACGAGUGAGAAAGAUAAAGACAGUAAAGCUGAUACCAGUAGUCCUAAUAUUCGCAAGCGUAAGCCACGCAAGGCUGACUAGAGAUAUUAAUUCGUUUGAUGUAAAUAUUCAGCAAACAUAAAUUAAUUGUGACUAGCCCUUGGUGGUAUUCUCCCAAAGUCAUUCCUGUGCAUUGAAAUGCGUCAAUGCAACAUACUAUUGUUAUUUCACAUCUCAAAAUAUGGAUAAGUGAUAUGGGUUAUCCAAGGGAACGAUUCAUAGAUGUUUGCCGUUUCUUGUAUGUUAAAAAUUCCAAUGAAUGAAAAUUUCAAAAUAUCA